UGGUACCAAUGACUGGACCUGUUAAGCAUUUCCUUAUGAAGUAAUGCAAUGGAUAAUGCAAAAGAAAUUAAGUUCUUCCUAAGCCUAAACAUAACCAUAACAUCGAAACUUUCAAAACGGAGAGUUCAGCUGAGGCUUAUGAAUUAUAUGUAAAUCACCUCAAGGAAGUAGAAAAUUAGUUAUUUUGGAUAUUGAUUAUAGGCGAUGUAUUCUCCAUGGUUUUUCUUAAAGAUUUUACAUUCAGUGUUAUUUGUUCAAAAUCAUUGAAAGCGAAAUAAUUAUUAUAACAUUAUAAUAGUUCCAUUAUAGCUCAGUGUUCAACAAAUAUUGAUAAUGUUAUGUAUCUAAUUAUGCAAACUAUUAUAAUAUAUUUGGUAAAUAGAUACCAUAUAGAAACUUGAGCUGAUUCAUUGAUGGUAAAAUUAUGGAUAAAAUAGAGUGAUAUCGCGAUAGCUAGUUAAGUGUAAUCAUAAUUUUAUGUCAUUUGUUCAACGAAAAUGCGAAACUCGCAGUAUGAAAGAAAUACACAUUUAUCGCGCCACAAAAUGUCGAGCGAAAGCCACCACAGCAGACGUUAUCGAUCAACUUCCACUACUGCUAGUCAAGCACAUCAUCAACAACACCUUAAUGUCUUUCCCAGACCUAGCAAUGUGACGCCAGCUGGUAACAUCAAUCAAAGGCACUUAUUUUUACAGCAAGGCCAUAUAUUGCAAAACUUUCGUCCUAUGUUUAACUUUUAUCCACCAAGACCAAUGUAUCGGGGUGAAUGGUUUCCAUUUCAAAUGCACUCGCAUCCCAGACCUUUGUUUAGGAAUUAUAGCAGACCACAUCAACCUUCCAGUUCAGAUUACCAUGAGAAAAAGCAGUUCAAAAGGCCAGAUUCCUCUAACUCUGGUGCUUAUAUGUAUCGAAGGUGGCAUUCCUUGCCCGUAAACAGUGACCUUAAAAUGUUAAAAGGAUUUAUUUUCUCAAUGGUAACCUACAACUUGCUUUCUAACUCAUUGUUGCACGAAAAUAUGUUUCUUUAUCAAAAUUGUGAUGAACAAGAUCUCGCCUGGUGUAAUCGAAAAGAAAAGCUUCUUGCAGAGCUGUUAAGUUAUAAUGCUGAGAUUUUGUGCCUACAAGAAAUUGAUGCUUUGCAUUUUAAAGAGUGGUUUUUUCCUAAACUAAAAGAAGCAGGUUACACAGGGUUUUUCAACCAAAGAACUGGUGGAAAAUCUGAUGGAUGUGCUACAUUUUUUAAAAGAGAAAAGUUCACUUUGGUCAAACAUACACAAGUCAAGUUUUUUACUCCAAAUGUUCCAGUUUUAGAUAAAGAUAAUGUUGGAAUUAUUCUACUGCUUAAAGCCAAUGCUCAAACAAAGGAUCAUUUCCUAUGUGUUGCCAAUACCCAUUUGCUUUUUAACAAAAACCGUGGUGAUAUAAAACUUGCUCAGUUAGCUUAUCUCUUUGCAGAGAUUCAUAAAGUAUCAUUGACUGUUGAUGGUCAUGUUGAAACCCACUGCCCUGUCAUAUUAUGUGGUGAUUUUAACAGUACACCCUACUCUCCUCUUUAUCGUUUUCUUGUUAGUGGACAAUUAAAUUAUACUUUAUUGUCACCUGCUAUGAUAUCAGGACAGUUAACUCAAUCACAGGCAAAAAGAAGCUCAUAUUCAAAAAAUAUUUGCUAUCCAUUGCUUCCCUGGGAGUUUGGUAUUUCUGGCAAUUGCCAAUGGCGAAAUGCACUCAGUGAAAACAAAGAUGGUGAAAAUGGUUCAGAAACAAAAUGGAAUAAUUUGAAAUGUCAACCAACAAAAAAUGAUGUAAAAACAACAGCAAGACUUGUGGACAAAGUAGUUGUUUCUGAGGAAGUUGACCAAUCUGCUCCUAAAUGCAGCAAAUCUGCAAACAAACAGGAAAAGUACUCAAAAAAUGGUCUAUUAUCCAUUCCAUGGUACCUAAAAAGUGUUUAUACACACUACUCUAGAGAUGGUACACCCGAGGUUACAACAUGUCAUUCUAAAGGUAGCUCAAAUGUUGACUAUAUUUUCUUUUCCACUGGUAUUAGAAAAAGUCAUGGUGUUGAUCAGAAACCAUGUAUCCAAGAAGGAAAACUAAUAUUACUUGGACGACUAAAGUUAAUGAACAAAACUGAUUUUGAAAAAAUGGAUUUACCACCCAACCAGACUCACCCAUCAGACCAUCUGUCUUUAAAAGCGCAGUUCAAGUUGACAUAACAGGCUCAAAGAGAGCCCUGCUUAACCAUGAACAAAAAUAUGGUGAGAUACGUUCAAUGUGGGCACAUUAAACAUAUUUUCAUUUUUAACAUUAAGAUUAAAUGGGGAUGAUUUAGUUGUAAUCAAAGACAUUGUUUAUCGAGUGCUUGCAACCUAUUUAUUUUUACUUUACCAGGACUUCAACCUUUUGUUUUUUAUUGUCAAAUGACGUUUUCAGGAAAUAAAGAACUCCUUUGUUUUACUAA